AUGAAAAUUGUCGUGGUGAUCAUGUUUUGUGCGAUCUUAUCAUCUGUCUCCCCGGAUUCAGACAAUAUGCAGGACACAUGUCCGACGGCUCCAGGAGAACAAAGUAUCUUCUUCAUCAAUGGUUAUCCUUGCAAGAACCCGACCGAGAUCAACGCUCAAGAUUUCAAGUCCACCAAACUUAGAGUAGCUGGAGACACAGACAACUAUCUUCAGUCGAACGUCACAUUGCUCACUGCAUCAGAGUUUCCUGGUCUCAACACUCUAGGCCUCUCAGUCUCUCGCAUGGACCUGGAAAGGGAUGGAUCUGUGCCCUUCCAUUCACAUCCGAGGUCAUCCGAGAUGCUCUUUGUGGUCAGCGGAGUCAUAUUUGCUGGAUUUGUGGAUACCAAAAACAAGAUUUUUCAGACGGUUCUGCGAAAAGGUGAUGUUUUUGUCUUCCCCAAAGGAUUGCUUCAUUUCUGUUUAAGCAGUGGCUUCGAAGGAGCCACUGCUCUCUCGUUUUACAAUAGCCAGAAUCCUGGAGUGGUGAACAUUGGAGGAGUUUUUGGGGUCGAUCAAGAGCAUAUAAAGAACAUGAUGAGGUCCUUAAUUACUGGCUCUGGCUCUAGCUCUGGAAUCACGGACGGUGAUGUGCUUUAGAGUGUUUCUUUUAUUCAUCAUG